AUGGAUUUUGUAGGAAAAUUUUACCUUGGAGAUGUUGGAUUCAUGUUGAAGCAUGGAUUAAUUAUCCUAUAUCGAGGUGUAAGAUAUCACUUAAAAGAGUAUGCAAGACGUGGCCCAGAAAAUGAAAAGAAAUUAUUUAAUCUUCAUCAUGCUUCAUUGAAAAAUGUUAUCGAAAGGUCAUUUGAAGUUUUGAAGAAAAGAUUUGCAAUAAUCACAAGUGGCACUGAACUACAUUAUGACUUUGAAACUAUGACUGAAAUUGUUCUAGCUUGUUUUAUCUUACAUAAUAUUUUAAUGGGUGUAGAUCCUGGUCCACAUCUCAUAGCUCAAGUUGAUCGAGAAUUGCAAGAUAAUAAUCCAAAAGAGGAUGAAAUAGUUCGACAUGAACAAGAUGAAGACUAUAGGCGGAGAUCUAUGUUAAGGGAUGAAAUAGCUACUCAAAUAUGGGCUGACUAUCAACUAGGACUCUAA